AUGGGACCGGCAGUUGGAGGGAAGAUUAGGGAGGUAGCAGUUGGUGACAUCGACUCGUCGGGGCUGGAGUUCUUCAUCCAUUCUGUGUACACAGAAGACGAGAUCGCCCAGUUUCCGCCUGACGUCGGGGAAACGGUCGACGAGGAACCCAGAGAUUCCGACUCUCGAAACUCCAACGCCUCCUUCAAUAUGGAUGCUUCGACGGAUUUGGAGGAUUUUAAGGCCCAGGAUCGAGAAGAGCACAUCCUCCCCAAAGGCGACGUCCCGCAGCCACAUUCCUCACAGCAGCAUAAUCAGCAUCAACAGUCAACAAUUACGCAAAUCCCAAUGAUGACCUCGUUCCGAGACAUUGCCUCGCAUUCCCCGAUGAAUUCAUCGUUGUACUCGAUCGGCGGGAGAUCAGAUGUCGGUCCGGACAUACCGGAAGAAGACGAAGAUGGCACUUGCAUACCUGCUAGGCGGAAAAGUUCGAGACAAGAAACUACGAUGGGAAAAUUCAUCCGCUUGGAUUCUACGGAUGAUGGUGAGAGGACCGAGACUGAGAGCAGGAGGCGUAGUAAUAUUCAUAAGCCAAUGUUCUCCAUGUUCAUCGGGCUUGACGAGUCAACUUCUCCCGGAGAGCGUAUGAUCAUCGACAUGACGCCGAAUCAUGAUGGAAAUGCGCCUGUUGCGGAUCGUACUCCUUCAUGCAAAUUAGCCUCCGAUUUGCUGGAGAUGUACAUCGACAAUAAGGACUCGGAUGUGGUGAUAAAAUGUGAUAACGGAGAGCUGUUUGCACAUAGAUGCAUCCUCUCCGCCACGUGCCCCUUCUUCCGCCAACAACUUCAAAAAUCCCGACGCAUCGAGCUGAAGGGCUACAACAAGUCCUCCGUCCACUUUUUGCUCUGUUUCCUCUACGGUGGGCUCACGGCGAUUCCGGAUGAAGUGGACACGUGGGAGGUCCUUGCCCUGGCCACCCAUCUGAAUCUGAAAGAUCUCAUCGAAGUUGUGAGCUUACAUCUGAAAGCUACGAAAUGUCACUGGUUCCAUAGGCCAUGCGCCGUCUGCGUCUCUGCCGUUUUUGACGCUCUCCCACAAUUCUAUUCCAUUAGAUGCCUAAAGCCACUUUAUGAAGAGGCAAUCCAAUGGCAAGCCAAGUAUUUUGCCCGAAUCUGGAAAGGACGUGUCUUUAUGCAUUUGAAUGAGAGGUGGCUGAAGGAAUGCUUUGAAGGAGUUAUACUGGUACUGGACGACGAGACGCUCAUCGAGACGAUCCUCGGCUGUGAACGGCUCCAAGUCGCCUUCUCGAGGUCCCGCAGCGAAGCGGCUUUUACCGUUCUGAACAUGGUCAACGAUAUUCUGGACGUGGGAAUGCAAUACCUGAUCCACUCUUUCCAUUUGGUCAUCACCAGCAAGAGUUUUGCAGCCCAAGGAAAGGGUCUCGCCCUAAACCUGGGAAUCCUCGAAGACAUCCUCCCCACCCUGGUCCACAGCUUGUCCGCCGACGUCGCCAUCAAAACGCUGUCGAUUCCGAUCGAUGAGUGGAGCCCGAGGUUCUACGUUCUCGUCCGUCGGCUCUACGAACUUGUUGAUAAGCACCUGCUGCACUACGCCGCUUCGGUGGUCCGGGCCGAAGCUUGGAAUUUGUUGAAUGAAAGGGAUCAAGUGCGGAUUAGGGAGACCGGCAUCUUCGUCGAAAUGCGCCAACCAAAAGCCUCCAUGCCGCGCUUCAGCAGCAACAAUCGGAAGAGCGCUCCCGGAAAUACGGAAAAUCCACAGGCAUACAAACGCAGUGCAUCGGCUGGAGUGCAAAUGGGCCAUCUGUACACCCCCGAAAGGGGAAGGAGUUUGGAGCGGCACAAGCCGCUGACGAUGAUACAGCAAAAAGCUAGGGAUCCCGAGUCGGAGCCGAUUGAGGAUGAGAAGGAAGUCUUCGAAGAACCGAAACCCAGCACCAGCGCCAAAUCGGCUCCGAAGUCAAGAUCGCCGACAAAGAAGCGGAUCCAGGAUCUGGAAGAGCACAAAAUGGAACGCCAAAACACGCACACCAUCAUCCACAACGAUCCGGUGAGGACAGCAAACCUUCCCGGCCCAUCCCCGCUAAAGGACAAUGGCGAAAAGCCGAAAAGCGUGUUCAACAAGGACUGGGAUACCACAACCGAAGCCAUCGGGCAGGGUGAUAACCGCUUCGACACCUCAACGACAGGGUCCUGCGCCGAUCAAGACCACUGCUUCCGCCGAGGCCAAGAAGCGUGC